AUGUGGUGGUACAGUGGGAGCCAUCCUGACAUGUCCACUGGAAGUUGUGAAAACACGACUGCAGUCAUCCUCCGUGACGCUUUAUAUCUCUGAAGUUCAGCUGAGCACCAUGGCUGGAGCCAGUGUCAACCGAGUAGUGUCUCCUGGACCCCUCCAUUGCCUAAAGCUGAUCUUGGAAAAAGAAGGACCUCGUUCCUUGUUUAGAGGAUUAGGCCCCAAUUUAGUGGGGGUGGCCCCUUCCAGAGCAAUAUACUUUGCUGCUUAUUCAAACUGCAAGGAAAAGUUGAAUGCUGUGUUUGAUCCUGAUUCCACCCAGGUACACAUGAUCUCAGCUGCAAUGGCAGGUUUUACCGCAAUCACUGCAACCAACCCCAUCUGGCUUAUCAAGACUCGGCUACAGCUUGAUGCAAGGAACCGUGGGGAAAAGCGAAUGGGUGCUUUUGAAUGUGUUCGUAAAGUGUAUCAGACAGAUGGACUCAAGGGGUUUUACAGGGGCAUGUCUGCCUCCUAUGCCGGCAUAUCGGAGACUGUGAUCCAUUUUGUUAUUUAUGAAAGCAUAAAGCAAAAGCUACUGGAAUGUAAGACUGCCACUGUGAUGGAGAGUGAGGAUGAGUCUGUGAAGGAAGCAUCCGAUUUUGUGAGGAUGAUGCUCGCUGCUGCCACCUCAAAGACUUGUGCCACCACUAUAGCAUAUCCACAUGAAGUUGUAAGAACAAGACUACGUGAAGAAGGAACAAAAUACAGAUCUUUUUUUCAGACACUGUCCUUGAUUGUUCAAGAAGAAGGUUAUGGGUCUCUUUACCGUGGUCUGACAACACAUCUGGUGAGACAGAUUCCAAACACAGCCAUUAUGAUGGCCACCUAUGAAUUGGUGGUCUACCUACUCAAUGGAUAGUAGCAUGGCUGCCAUACUACACAGAAGGAAGACCAAAAGAGUACAGUGGACCAUGGAAUCGCAAAGCCAGCAUGGCAGACAGAGGAAAAUUGGUUGGGAACGUGUAACUAUGGCUAAGUGUAAGUUUGGUUGUAGGAAUCAAGGUAACCACAUCGCGUUGCUUAGUGUUCCACAAUAUGGAGCCCUCAGCCACCUCUAAGGAAACGCCUUCAGAAGCGCUCCUUUCCAAAACACUCACUUUCUCCACCACGUUCACCAUGUGCGGUCGUGCUUUGUUGACUUACGGCAUUCGGAAUACAGUGUUACUCAUUCUGAGGGUGUUUUCCAAACAAAAUCAUCUGGUAUUAUACAUGGUAUGUAACUAUCCAAAGAUACCAACUUCUGACUUUUAAUUCCUGUCAUACUGAAAAGUAACAACAGGGAAGGCCUCAGUGUCUCCGUUUCCCUGAGAGGCCCGAGCACAGUGUUUUAAACUUAGUUGUUCGGCAUCGGUAUGAAAUGCUGUCUGAAUGGCUCAUGUAGUUUUACCUUUGAAAUGUUUUGGUUCCACAACUAACAGGUGCUUGAUCUUUAGCAUAAUGUGGGUGUUCAGUCUCGUUGACGUAACAGGCGCACGUGGCAGUGGUUUGGGAGUAUAAAAUAAAGUUCUGAUUCUUGGCCAUUUCAGUGACAUUUCAGUCUUCUCUAAUUUUAUGGUACAUGAAUGAAUGCAAUUGUUUAUCAGUAAUUUACUAGCUAUGAACUUGAAUUAUCACCUAUCAUACCUUGGUAUCAUUUACUGAAAGUAGAAAAUUUUACUGCUUUUGAAUCUUUCUACUUGCUUUCACAUUAAAAAUUUGAAACUUUGAAUUAUUUCCAGCUCUGUAUAGAUACUUCUUUUAUAGAGAAAAUGGUAAUUUUCAAUUUUGCCUUUACAAUUUUUUAAAGGUGAUAUUAAUAUUUGAGGUAGUAUAAAUAUAAGAGGGGCCUCUGCAUCUGAUUGACAGCAGUGGUCUUACUUGGACAUGAAUGAGCCGCAUCUGAUAAGAAGCUGGUUCUCAGUUUCCUGAUUGGUCUGUCAUAGAUGGAUUCAAGUUAAUUUGGGUUAAAUGUGCUAACAAGAUACAGUUUUUAAAUUUUGCUAUUGAGUCAACUGCACCUUUUAAUACUUUAAGUCUAUUAUAUAUAUGGCCCUUACAAAGAUAGUUGCUAUAAUACUGUUGAGCCUUUUCCUAUGGAUGUUGCUAUACUGGUGUAUGAAACUUCUUCAGUUAAACUCCAGUGUGGUACACAUUUCAGUGUACCUUAACUUUACAUUUUGUGCAAUGGCUUUAUCUUAAAACUGACUCUUUGUGAAUGCACUUUGUGGCCUUUUAGGGGGUGAGAGUUAAGAGAAUUCCUGUUAAGACUUUUAAAAAAAAAAAAACUGUCAUAUAUUAA